UCAGCGAGAGGCUUCUACCAAUACCCCACCUUACUCUCAAAAGAACAAGAAUGGCUACGAGCAUCUCCCUCUAUCAGGCCAGCGUGCCCAUGAUGAUCAAAGGCCUGCGCAACAUGCACCUCUUCCUCAACAAGGCCGAGGAAUUCGCAAAGACGAAGCCCGUGCCCGAAAAGGACUUGAUCACCUACCGCCUCAUUGAGGACAUGCGUCCCCUGACGUACCAGGUGCAGUCGUGCAGCGACACAUGCAAGCACAUGGCCGUGCGCGUCGCCGGGUACCCGCCCACCAAGAUGGAGGACAACGAGGCAUCAAUGGCGGAGCUGCAUGAGCGCAUUGACAAGACGCUCAAGAUCCUCGAGUCGCUGAGUCCUAGCAGCAUGGACGGCGACAUUCAGCGGGAAGUCCUCAUGGUGACAGCCAGCAUGGGCACCUUCAAAUUUACCGCGUACGACUACAUCGUCAAGUAUUGCGUCCCCAACUUCCACUUCCAUCUUUCCUCGGCCUACUGCAUCCUCAGGACCCAGGGCGUGCCCUUGUCGGCGUUUGACUACCUCGAUGCAGACAAGGAUCUUUUCCACAAGGUUUCCUAAGCCUUCCAUUCACUACCCUUCUAGAUAUUGUUUCUAUCGUAUUUGCCAAAGGAGAGGGGAUGCAUUUGACGAUAUCAAUAAAACAACUAGUCAAUCAUCU